AUGAGUCUCACAAAUGUUAAUAACACCACUAAUCCUAAGAAACCAAAAAUUAAUAUUCCUACUUAUCAAGAAAAACUUAAACGUGAUUUAAAGAGUAGAAUUAGUACUCUUAACCAUACCCAAAAUAAAAAAGAAGUCUUUGAUUUCAUUGAUGAAUACUUCGAUCAUAAUAAAUACACUAUUCAAUUAGAAAGAAUGAAAUUAAUGGGUUCUAAACAAUUAGUUAAAAUGUUCAGUCCUCCUAUCAAUGUAGACUUCUUAAAUAAAAUGUUUAAUGAAAAUCUUCUCUCUGGUGCUAUGUAUAACAAAAUUCUUCAAUUUAAUGAAUCUCAUAUAAUUAGAAAAUUAAAUGGUUUAUAUGUCGAUCAAACUAUCUUUGAUAUCCUUCAAAUGAAUAGUAUUGAAUUAAUGCGAUACUUUGAUAUAGAUAACAAUAUCUUUCUAAAAGGUAAUCUUAAAGGAAAUAAAAUGAUGUGGUUACCUACUCCUGUUUGUACUCUAAUUCUCAAUAAUCUUCUUGGUCCUGGUAAUUGGGAAAUAAUGGAAAGAAUCGAUUCUAUUGAAAAAAAUGGGAUAUUUACUAUUCAUGGAAAAUUAGUCUUAUGGCUAGCAAAUGGUACACAUUAUGAAACUGAUGGCUAUACUACUAAAUUCUUUGAACAAAAAAUUACUUCUUCAAAUUAUUUUAAUGCUAUGAAAUCUCACAAAACUUGGUUUACUCGUCUAUUAUUGUCUCAAGCUUUUCAAUGUUUUCUUUCUAUUAAUAGUGUUAAUGCUGAAAUAAUGGAAAAUAUGGGUCAAACUGAAUUAUUCUUGGAUGAAUUAAAAGAGAAAAAUCUCAGUAUAAAAGGUACAGAUCCUAUUCUUAUUGAACAAUCUCAUCACUUGAAUCAAAAUGUUGUUAAAGAGUUUCAUUUGUUAGAGGAUCUUUCUACUAGUACUAUGACUAUUCCUAAUACUACUACUACUACUACUACUACUAAUACUAAUACUAAUGUAUUUAACAAUGAUAAGAUUCCCUUAAAAGAAACUGAUGACUCUCUUAAGACUAUAUCAGUUAAAGAAAUUAAUGACAACGAUAAUGAUGAUGAUUUUCUAAAUGAAAUAAUAGAUGAAAUUGACGAAAAAUAA